CCCUGAUUCUAACCUUUGACCCAGCUUGAUGUUUUUGUUUCUGUCAGCCAUUUUUGUUCGAAAUUUUGCGGGCAUCUAAGGAAGAGUCAAUUUACCCCACAUUCCGUCUGAUGUUUCGGCUAGAAAGCAGCAUGUCCAGACAACAGGAGUUCAUCUGUGGCCUCUCCCACGAGGUGACCAUAGCAGUCCUCCCCAGACUGACCAUGGAUGAGCUAAUGAUUGAACUCAACAGAAGAGUUCAAAACAUGGACAAAGAGAACAGCAUCAAGGACAGGCUGAUCAAUUUCCUUAGGGACGUGAUGUUGGAGGAAUAUCGUCAACUGGAAAGAGUAUCAGAAGUAAGUUCUCCAGAGGAAACGAGCAUACCCUUGCGAGACCAGGAGACAGCUACCAUGCAAGAGAAUGUUCUGAGUGCGUACACUGAAACAAUGUUAUCAGAGACGUCAAGUCCUGACACCUCACAACAGAGUUCUGGACUGGACAUUGUGAUAAAGAAGGAACGCAGUGACUUGUUCGUGCCCCAGUUUGAUACAGCGCCAAGUGGCGCAGAGCAGGUGCAGCUGACUGUUCCACAACAAGAUCAACUUUGUAACAUUCCCAGUCCACUGACAGGUUCACCAACGAUUCCUUCAUGCGAAAUACCCUUGACACAAAUGAAUACCAUAACUGACUCUUGCAUUAAAGAAGAAGAUGUUGCUAUGCCAACUGAGGAUGAAGCAGUUAGAGCUUGUCAUGGUGACCUCAACAUUCACACUCCUAUAUCCAGGUCUCAGGAGCCCGAUACACUUAAUCUGAUGAAUACUUCUACUUGUUCUAGGACAGAUAGCCACGUGGAAAGCGAUACAUGCCUGGCUUCUUGUCAACUGCCUCCAAACCACGGUUACGUACAUACAUGUAUAAAGAUGGAAUACCAUGUGUCUGAGGAUGAUCAGAACGCACAAAUUUCUCAACCGUCAAACCCGGUUCAAACUGAACACUAUACCGAUGACAGAGACACUGGUAUAAUCAACAGCGGACACGAGAAACGACAGACUAGAAAAGACAGUAGUGAGGAAACACCUUUGGCUCCUUGUCAACCGACUUCAAACCAGGAUUGUGAGAGCAUGGCGACUCUUCGUCCUGACAAUGACUCACAAAUCGGUUCCAAACGCCACAUGUGCGAAUUGAAAACAUCAUUUGUAAACAGCUCCUUCAAGCGCAGAAAACGUAAUAAAGGAGAAAAACCUUUUACGUGUGGGGAAUGUGGUUACAGGGCACGUCAUCAGCGUCGUCUUGUCGAACACAUGAGAACACACACCGGCGAGAAACCUUUUAAAUGUAAUCAAUGCAACUACAAGACGUCAUUCAAAACGAAUCUUGGCCAGCAUAUGAAAAGACACACGGACGCAGAACCUUACAGCUGCGAGCUUUGCGACUACCAGACCUAUCGAAAGUCUCACAUUGAAAGGCAUAUGAUGGGCCACUCUGGUGUAAAAUCCUACAAAUGUGAAGAAUGUGAGUAUCGAACAGCUGACAAGGCCAAUUUUUACAGACACAGCAGGCUUCACACCGGUGAGAAACCCUACAGUUGUCAAGAGUGUGACUACAAGGCAAGACAGAAGUUCAACCUCCUCAGGCAUGUGAAAAGGAAACACCUGUGAAACUACUAGUACUGUCAGUUAAAGCCAGAGAUAAUAUCACAUAUGUUUAUUUACGUUUAAUAUUUCCUUUUUUUUUGCUGCAUAAAAAACAGAUAUAAAACGUGAUAAACAUUUCUUGUAGCAACCAUUUAUUUGUUCGUUUAUCUUAUGUAUUUAUUCAAUUAUGUUUUGCUUAUUUCUGUUUUUCUUGGCCAGGAUAGACUAGCACAGUGACUUGUACUGGUCUAAGGUGGUGUCUUGAAAAAUGAUAAUUGGACAAUUUCAAAGUGUUCGUAGUGGUGCUUUUGGGGCUAGAGAGUAGUUUUAGAACUUGUAUUUUAAGUCCAACUCCAAAUAUUUAGUACAAAAUUUCUGUUUGUUUUGUUUACAGAAAGGUAAAGGAAGCAAAAUAGAACAAUGCUUAAGACUGCAUACUAGUAUAUUCUAGUAUUCAUUUCCAAUAAUGCUUCAUAGCAUGUGUCUGUGUGUCCCCAUACUUUCCAACAGAAAAUAAAGUUGAACAUGUAUGCCCACUACUGUGUAAAUAUCUUGUGAAAAAUCAAGCUAUAAAGUGUUUUUCCAGACCCGUAGAGUUGGUCUAUGUACAUGUAAGUCUAUCAUUUGGGUAAUCAGUGGGCACAACCAUAAUGACCUUUGACCUCAGCACAUUUUCUGUGUCAGCCAUAUUUCCUUUGUUCGAACUCCAAGCCAAGAAGAGGUCUUGGCUUCAAAGGAAGAAAUCAUUUCACCCUCAUCCGGCAAGGAUUUAAACCAGCAUGUCCAGACAACAGUUCAUCUGUGGCCUCUCGCACGAGGUGACCAUAGCAGUCCUCCCCAGACUGAACAUGGAGGAGCUGAUGUUUGAACUCAACAGAAGGAUUCAAAACCUGGACAAAGAGAACAGCAUCAAGGACAGGCUGGUCAGUAUCCUUAGGGGCGUGAUGUUAGAGGAAUACCGCCAGUUGGAGAAGAAGUCAGAAGUCAGUUCUCCAGACGAAACGACCAUACCUGUGCAAAAUCAGGAUAACGUUCUGACUAUGUACGCUGAAACAAUGUUGUCAGAGACUUCAAGUUCUGACGCCUCACAGCAAAGGUUAGGACUGGGCAUUGUGAUAAAGAAGGAACGCCAUUCAAGCAUUGAAAUGCUGAUGAACGCAGAGCAAAAGUAUCUCGGCUUGGAUUCAGACCAAGUACAGCUGAUUGUUUUGGAACGAGAUGAACUUAGUAACACGCCCAUGCUAGGCUCAUCAACAAUUUCUUCAUGCGAAGCCUCCCUGCCACAAAUGUAUAGCACAGAUGGGUGUCCCAUUAAAGAAGAAGAUGUUGCUAUGGCGACUACGGAUGAAGCAGCUAGAGCUUGUCAUGAUGAGCUUAACAAGAAAGAAAGGAAUACAAGCAGUGAUGUGCUCAUGUAUACAAGAGAGCCCGAGUUUGAUACAGACCAGGUACAGCUGACUGUUCCACAACAAGAUCAACUUUGUACCAUGCCAAGUCAAUGUUCACCAACACUUCCUCCAUGCGAUGCCACUCCGAUACACAUGAAUAACACAACAGACUUUCGCAUUAAAGAGGAAGACUUUGAUAUGCUUCCUGGGGAUGAAGCACGUAGAACUCACCAUGACGAGCUUAACAUUGACACUUCUACAUUCAGUAUACAGGUGCAGGAUACAAGAAAUUCAAUGAAUACCCCUUACUCAGAGACGCCUGCAGAAAGCAAUACACCCGGAGAGGAAGCACCUUCGGCUUCUUGUCAUCUGCCUUCCGACCACGGUGAUGCACAUUUAAAUAUAGAAUGCCAUGUGUCCCAUGAUGGUCAAAUCGGGCAAACGUCUCAACCUUCAAACCCGAUUCAAACCGAACACUACACUGGUGACAGGGACUUUGGUUUCAUCAACAACGGACAUAAGCAAAGUGGAAAAUACACUAGUAGUGAGCAAACGCCUCAGCCUUCCUCUCAACCUACUGCAGGGAAGGAUUGUGAGAACAUGGCGUCCCUUCUACCUGCCAAUGGCUCACAAAUCGAGUCCAAACGGCACGAAUGUGACGCAUAUGGAUUUAAAACGUCACUGGCACACAGUUUCUCCCAGCAUAGGCAAAGCCACAAAGGAGAAAAACCUUUCAUGUGCGACGAAUGUGGUUACAGGGCACGCCGUAAGUACCAGCUUGUCGGACACAUGAGAAGACACACUGGCGAGAAACCGUUCAAGUGUAAUCGAUGCAGCUACAAGGCGUCAUUAAAAAGUUUGCUUGUCGAGCAUAUGAUAAGGCACACGAAAGCCGAAUUACCUUACAGCUGUGAAAUUUGUGAUUACAAGACCUAUCGAAAGUCGAAUCUUACGAGACAUUUGAAGUGCCACGCUGGUGUGAAACCUCACAAAUGUGAAGAAUGUGGCUACAGCACAGUUGAAAAGGGCAAUCUUAUUAAACACAGGAGGUGUCACACCGGUGAGAGACCCUACAGUUGUCACAAAUGUGACUACAAGGCAAAGGAUAAGGGAAAACUGAGCCGGCAUAUCAGAUGCAAACACCCUUCAGACUGUCAUAAGUCAAAACCAGCUGAAAUAACGUCAUUUUAGUGGUUGCUAGUGUAAAAGAAAAAAUAGUGCACUGAGUUUGUCAAUAGCAUGGCUAUUGGCACACUGAGUGUGCUAAUAGCCUGUUUAGGCUAUUGACACAGUGAGUGUGUCAAUAGCCUGUUUAGGCUAUUGA